GAUUGGCAAAAUCAAAUCCAAGUCUUCAGGUUUAUCGUGAAGGACAGCUUCAUUAGUGUCACGUUCAAACGGCAGCAAUUCGAAUAUGACAUGAAAAUGAGAGUGACGCUAUUUGUUGCGGCCUGCUUGUGCUCUGAGCUUCCAUCCAAGUAUCUCGCCAGUGGUUUUGUUGUCAGUGAAGGUGAACCUUGGACCUUGAAAUGCAGUAAGACAGUUGUCACUCCACUAGUCACUUCACUAGUCAAUCCACUCGUAUGGUUCAAGGACAAUGAUCGAAUCGACCACAACCAAAGGAUUUUCCAGACUAACUACCCACUCGCAGGUGACAAGACAAAAGUCGAUCUUGUCAAUUCAAUAACAAUCCCAUCGGUCAACUAUACUGACGUCGGACUUUAUAAAUGUCGCGAUGAAUCCAUGGAUGUUUUCGUACGCGAAGAGUACCUCUUUGUCAAUUCAUCAAGUAAAUUGAUAUGUCCCCUUCGGCCAUGGGAGAAUGUCUUCGUGAGGGUCUCUACGAAGCAGACCAUAAUUCCUUGCAGACCAACCCACCCGGAUAUCAAGAUGAGUUUAAUCCACACUGAUAUAAACCAAACGAUUGACGAUCUCGACAAGUAUAACAUAGAAUUUGAUCCUAAAGAAGGAUUCGUCAUAACCCAAGGCAUAAUGAUGCGGCAUAAUGGAUACUUCCAGUGCUUGGCCCAAUGGGGAAACAAGAGUGAGUCGCUUAAUUUUCAAUUGCUAUUCAGUGCCCAAAUCGAAAAACCAGUCGUACCCCUAAUCACAACUCAAACUAAGUAUUGGGCCGAGAAUGACAACCAAAGCCUCGAGUGCAAAACUGUUUUGCAUGGGUUGCUUCCAACCAAUCUUGACCUUACUUGGGAUGGCCCACAGGGUUUCCGCGAUGCUCAACGAACGGGUCAAGUUGCUAUUACUAACACUCGGUUGAAGAGUGAGGUCAUUUCAUUGUUGCAAGUAUUCGAUGUCUCUGAAAAUUUUUCUGGUAGAUACGCUUGCCAAGUCCAGGGCAAUUACGAUGCAACGUCAGAAUCUAUUGACAUAACAGUGAUUCCGAGUCAGUCUUUCAAAUGGGAACUAUCUGCUUUUAAUCCAACCGUGUCGGUGGAUUUGUUCGAACAAGUACGUUGGGUUGUCCAUGCCAUUGCUCCAUUCCCCGUCAAAGCAACUUGGCAAACCCCAGAUGCAAAAAUCAUCAGUUCAGAUGCAAAGAGUCAUCCCAAGUACUCUCUUUCUGUGCGAAAGGUCGAAACCGUAGGCAAUUUCGAGAUUGUCUGCCAAGUGCAAAACGUUACCGUGACAGACAUGGGAAGUUACACGCUUCACAUUAGCGAUGGAUCAAACCAGACGUCGUUGCAAUCCCAAAUCAAUAUGACGCUUUACGUGCGAAGCCCUCCUCAAGCAAAGGCAUCUAUUACAGGAGUUUAUCCUUUUCAUACGGACGCUGUAAAAGAAAUAUCCAUAGAUAUCAUUGGAUUUCCAUUGAACAAUAUGAUUGCCACAGCUUCAGUCAAGACCUGCAACCUCCAAGGAUGUCAACUAGAUGAUUCACGUUUGGAGACCAUAUUCCACAAGGUGAGCUCCUUUGAAGGAACACUGAGAUUUCCUGGCCUCGUGCCAACACAAAAUCAAGUGAUCACGAUCGAAGCGUGUGAUAAUCAUGGAUGUUUGAAUGGCUCUUUUGGCUUAUUCUACGCCAAAAACGGAAAGCUCUUGUCAGUAGAGCGUGCAAUCCAUGACCAACAGGUAAUCCUUACCUGCCAUGCGUCACUUUUGGCCUACAGCUCGAUAACUUGGUUCCUUAAGAAACCCAACUCAACGAAUGAGAUCGCACUUCCAAGGACAAAUAGAUCCCUACGAAGAAAUCAGACCAUUCUGGACAUGUCCUAUUCUCUAAAGAUAGAUCAGCAGGGCAACUACAUUUGUCGGGGAAAUUCAUUGACACAGACGGUGUUCAAUAAUUUCAACAUUCCUCUUCCAUCAAUGGCAGACUACAACACUUUAGAAGAUGCUCAAUUGAAGGAACCAAAGGUUUUGCUGACAAUCGAAUAUCCGCGUCCACGGUUCGAAAUCGGCAAAACGAUCACUUUGAAUUGUGACAUUAUUUCAGGAUCGCCCGUUCCAACUUUGUCAUGGUGGAAAGAUGGCCAAGAAUUGAAAAAUUCUACGAAUUGCACAUUGUCUGAAAAUCAAAACCAAUUGCGACUUCUUAAUACUGAAGCUGAUUUCCACUUAGGAUACUACACAUGUCAAGCCAAAAACCUCGCCGGGGAGGUAAAACAAAGUUUGCCCAUUGAGAUGGACGAAGCGCCGAGGAAAAGGGGUUGGAUAAAGGCCAUCUCAAUAUCAAUGCCUUUAACCUUGCUUCUGUUUCUGGCCAUAGUUGGAUUCUUUUUGAGAUCGAAAUGGAAUUUGCGAAAUAAAAAGAUCAAAGAUCAAUCGAAUUCCAUUGGCAAUGAUCAUCUAGAGGUUCCUUACCAGAACAUCACAUUUGGCUGUGAUUUAGGGUCAGGCAAUUUUGGCCUUGUCAAAAAGUGCAUUGUAUCCGGAUUGAACGAAAAGAAACCCAAAGAGACGAUGGCAGUGGCAAUCAAGAUGAUGAAACCGAAUCCCAAAGAAGAGGAUCUGAACGAGCUUCAUUCGGAACUGCGGAUCCUAACAGGGAUUGGCCAACACGAGCACAUUGUCACUCUUUUGGGAGCCCACACGGGCGCACUUACGCAACAGAAACAACUGUACCUUAUCCUUGAAUACUGCCCUUUUGGAAACCUUUUGAACAUACUACAGAAGAACCGUUGGACGUUCCAACAACACAACAUGCAUCGAAGUAAAAGUAAACCUUUUUAUGAGGAAGUCGCAAUGGAAGAGGGAGGGCCUAAAUCAGCAAAAUCGGUCCACUCCGAAUCCAUGAUACCCCUAUUGCACACGAAAUGUUCGCCUGGCUUUGAAACAAAAUUGACCGAGGGUUUCCAAUACGAUAAUGAAAACAGCCAACAACCUUUGACCGCCGGUGACCUUUACGAAUGGGCAAAACAAGUUGCCAUGGGAAUGGAUUACAUUUCCCGACGAGGAAUUUUACAUGGCGAUUUAGCUUGUCGUAAUAUUCUUAUCAGCAAGUACGGAAAAGCCAAAAUUUCGGACUUUGGAAUGGCAAGAAACAUUCAAAAUACCAACUCGUAUUUGAAACUGCGAUCCAUGCCAUUGCCAGUGAGGUGGAUGUCACCCGAAUCAAUUGUACAUUCCAUCUUUACAACCGCGACUGAUGUGUGGUCAUUUGGGAUUCUCCUGUGGGAGUUGUUCUCUUUGGGAGAAACGCCCUAUCCAGAUUUAAAGGACAAUAGAAUAAUUCAUAAAAUCAUUCCUAGCUCAAGGCCAUCCUGUCCUCAAUUUGCAUCAAAGCCCAUAUUCGCUCUAAUGACGUCGUGUUGGAAUACCAAUGCCAGAGAGAGGCCCAAAUUUGAGCGAGUGGUUAUUGAGCUCAACGACAUCAUUGACUCUCAUGAACUUGAUACAUCUCCGAGGUGUGAAGAUUCGUGUCAUUUUCAAUUAACCUCUUCUUCAGCACAAGUUUUUUUGUCACCCUCGCUCAAACAUGUGGAGAAUACGCCAUAUUUACAAUGAUUACACACACAGCAGAGGACGAAAAUUUGAGUCCACCGGCAAGCAUUAAAUAACUGUCAAUCGUAACAACCACCAUUUUCCCUCUUGAACUUCGUUUGAGUUGAAUGGUCUUCGUUGGCUUCAGCGAUUACUCAGACCUCGAAGCCAGAGCAUUGCCCCCUUUGGCCCAGGACUCCAUCAAAUGAGUGGUGGUGUAAGGGCCAACUGUGAGUAGAAGUGUGCGUACGGACACAUGUGUAUGUGUGUGCGUGUGUCCAUUUUGCCAUUAAGCACAUCUCAAGCGGUUCAUUUUGAUUUCAAGCUCAACACGAGUGGUGGCAGUGGUGGCAGUGGUGGUGGUAGUGAUGAUGAUGAUCAUGAUGAUACGUGGUUAGAAAUGUCCUUGCAGUUUUGUGAAUUCGGUCAAGGGUUUUAGUUUCGAUUCAGAGUGCGCCGUGAUAACAUCAAAGUGACUGACAUCAAUUGUAAAUAUUUCCAACCAUGUCACUUGGCAGUGCCUGCUUUCUUCAUGAAAUCGUGUGGUGUACUUUCAUCUUGUUAACAAUGAUUCCUUACCACGAGAUAACUUGCUUUGACACUAGAUAUUCCAAUCUCGUGGUGUCUCUACUGAAACCGGGCUAUGUUCAACCUCAAGGAUCCGAAACUCAUUCAAUUCGGCCUGUUUCACCUUCGUUACGCAGUAACUUUUCCGUUGAAGCCCUUCAAAGGCAACUUGAAGAGACAACUGCAGGAAUACUUUCUCCUGAGGGCCCUGAUCAAACAACAUUACCAGGGUGCUGUUGGAGGGUCAAAGUGGCUUUCACUAAGGAUCACAUUAACGGGGUAUAUCGGCUUCAUCCGUACAUUUUUGGCUAUUACACAAUGGAGCCCGGUCUCGUCAAUGGUCGAAAUCAUUACGCUUCUGAACCAGAUGGAAGGUUUGUGAUAUCGUAUUGCGGGGAUUCGUGGUGGAUCCAAUCUAACGAC